GGGGAGCAAACGCCGGAAGCGCGUUUCGCCUCGGCCGGGCGCCUGGAAGGAGUCGCGCGCGAUGGGCCGCAGCCGCUCCCGGUCGCCUCCGCGGAGGGAACGUCGGCGUUCCAGAUCCACCUCACGUGAAAGAGAGAGGAGGAGACGGGAGCGAUCAAGAUCUCGAGAGAGAGACAGAAGGAGAAGUCGUUCUCGUUCUCCACACAGACGAAGAUCCAGAUCUCCUCGGCGGCAUAGAUCCAAUUCUGCUUCUCCUUCCCGGCAGAAAGAAAGACGAGAGGAUGAGAAGAAGGACAGCAAAGACAAAGAGCAUCAAAUCACAGAAGAAGACCUGGAAGGCAAAACAGAAGAAGAAAUUGAAAUGAUGAAAACGAUGGGAUUUGGCUCAUUUGACACCACAAAGGGCAAGAAAGUGGAUGGGUCUGUAAAUGCUUAUGCUGUAAACGUGUCACAGAAACGGAAAUACAGGCAGUAUAUGAACAGAAAAGGUGGAUUCAACAGGCCCCUGGACUUUAUUGCCUGAUGUGUCUGCAGCUGUUACCGAUAAAAAACUCUACUGAAGUCUCAUUUGUCUGGCUAAGAGGUUCUGUCUUCUCACCCCAAAAGGGUUAGGGUCGUUUUUGUGAAUAAUUCCUUGAAGUUACGUUUCCUAGGCUGAGAUGGUAUUUUUUUUCCUCUCAAAUGUAUCUUUUGCACAGUGGUUUUUCUGAUGUUGCUAUUCCACAUUUGUAGGUUUCCGUUUUUAAAUAUUGUCAGUUAAAUUAAAAAAGAAACAUCUUGUCGCCUUGAGUAAAGUUGAACUAGACCAACUUUUCUAAAAGACAGAAUCAAAAAUUGAUUAGUAAUGCUUGGUUCCUGAAAUAUGUUGAUGUUUACAGAACUUAAUUUUUCCAUUGCUGAAUUCCUUUUUAAACAGUACCGAGAAGACAAUUGGUUCUCAGCACAAUGGGAUUUAACUCUCUUGUUCCUUUGCUGCUUCAGCCACAUAAUAUAUUUCAGAUCC